UUUUUUUUCCUCCUCUGGGAAAGAGAGAGAAGUGUGGACUGGAGAGAGAGAGAGAGAGGAGAGAGAGGUAGAAGAAGAAGAGUUGUCGGAGUUCGUCUUUCCUCUCUCUACUGUGUUAUGUCGCUCGUCUGCAUCGAUCUAUAAUUUUUCCUUGUUGAGAAGAUCUGUGUUUGUUUUGCUUGAUUUCGGUUAAUUUGAAGUGUCUGGAGACCCAAACGGGCCAUCGAGAUGUCCUCUCUCAGUAGAGAGCUCGUCUUUUUGAUAUUGCAGUUCCUCGACGAGGAGAAAUUCAAGGAGACCGUUCACAAACUUGAACAGGAGUCAGGGUUCUUCUUUAACAUGAAGUAUUUUGAAGACGAAGUUCACAAUGGAAAUUGGGAUGAGGUUGAGAGGUAUCUUUCGGGUUUUACCAAAGUGGACGAUAACCGGUAUUCAAUGAAGAUAUUUUUUGAAAUCAGGAAGCAGAAAUAUCUUGAGGCAUUGGAUAAGCAUGAUCGUGCCAAAGCUGUAGAUAUUCUUGUAAAGGAUUUGAAGGUUUUUGCUUCUUUUAACGAGGAGCUAUUCAAGGAAAUCACACAGCUAUUGACACUGGAGAAUUUCAGGGAAAAUGAGCAGCUAUCCAAGUAUGGAGAUACAAAGUCUGCUAGAACAAUCAUGUUGGUUGAGCUCAAGAAGCUUAUUGAAGCCAAUCCUUUAUUCCGUGACAAAUUGCAAUUUCCUAGCCUAAAAAACUCAAGGCUAAGGACCCUUAUUAACCAAAGCUUGAAUUGGCAGCAUCAACUUUGUAAAAACCCAAGGCCCAACCCAGAUAUAAAAACCCUUUUUGUUGAUCAUACUUGUGGACAACCGAAUGGUGCCCGUGCCCCUUCACCUGCAAAUAAUCCACUGCUAGGAUCUAUACCCAAAGUUGGAGGGUUUCCUCCACUCGGUGGACAUGCGCCUUUUCAACCUACACCAGCACCAGUUCCAACUCCCCUUGCCGGUUGGAUGUCAAAUCCAUCCACUGUUACUCAUCCAGCAGUUUCCGGAGGACCUAUUGGCCUUGGUGCUCCUACAAAUCCAGGUACUGCAAUUUUGAAGCAUCCUAGGACUCCUCCAACUAAUAACCCUGCUGUCGAUUAUUCAUCAGGGGAUCCUGAUCAUGUAUCUAAAAGAACAAGACCAAUCGGCCUUUCUGAUGAGGUAAACCUGCCUGUUAAUAUAUUGCCAGUAACUUAUCCUGGUCAGAGUCACAGUCAGGCUUUCAAUAUACCCGAUGACUUGCCCAAGACUGUUGCUCGAACAUUGACUCAAGGAUCAUGCCCAAUGAGCAUGGACUUUCAUCCUGUUCAACAAACUUUACUUCUAGUUGGUACCAAUGUUGGGGAUAUAGGUCUCUGGGAAGUUGGUUCUAGAGAGAGGUUGGCUUUUAGAAAUUUCAAGGUUUGGGAUCUCGGUGCAUGUUCAAUGCCCCUUCAGGCAGCUUUAGUCAAAGAUCCUUCUGUAUCUGUUAACCGCAUAAUAUGGAGCCCUGAUGGUUCUUUGUUUGGAGUUGCAUACUCGAGGCACAUUGUGCAAAUAUAUUCUUAUCAUGGUGGUGAUGAUGUACGGCAGCACUUGGAGAUUGAUGCUCAUGUUGGUGGUGUAAAUGAUCUGGCAUUUUCUCACCCCAAUAAACAACUGUGUGUUAUCACUUGUGGUGAUGACAAGACCAUAAAGGUGUGGGAUGCAGCUACUGGUGCAAAACAGUAUACUUUUGAAGGUCAUGAAGCUCCUGUUUAUUCUGUCUGUCCUCAUUACAAGGAAAACAUCCAGUUCAUCUUUUCAACAGCAUUGGAUGGAAAAAUAAAAGCAUGGCUAUAUGAUAAUCUGGGUUCUAGGGUAGAUUAUGAUGCUCCAGGUCACUGGUGCACAACAAUGGCUUAUAGUGCUGAUGGGACAAGGCUAUUUUCAUGUGGAACUAGUAAAGAUGGGGAGUCGUACAUUGUUGAAUGGAAUGAAAGUGAGGGGGCUGUGAAGAGGACCUACCAAGGAUUCCGGAAACGUUCUAUGGGUGUUGUUCAAUUUGAUACAACCAGGAACAGGUAUCUGGCUGCUGGUGAUGAAUUUUCAAUCAAAUUUUGGGAUAUGGAUAAUGUUAACCUUUUGACAACUAUUGAUGCUGAUGGAGGCCUACCAGCAAGCCCACGUAUCCGCUUCAACAAGGAGGGUACACUAUUGGCUGUUUCUGCAAAUGACAAUGGAAUUAAGAUUCUGGCUAAUGCUGAUGGACUUCGGUUAUUACGAACAUUUGAGAAUCGUUCUUUUGAUGGCCCAAGAGUUGUAUCUGAAACUGUAACAAAGCCUACAAUUAGCCAGAUUUCAGCUGUUACAGCUGCAAGUGCUGCGGGACAUGCAGAUAGAGGUGCUCCUGUCGUUUCUAUUACUGGAAUGAAUGGAGAUGCACGGAGCUUGGGAGAUGUUAAACCUAGAAUUACUGAAGAUGCCAGCGACAAAUCAAAGAUUUGGAAGCUUACUGAAAUUAGUGAACAGGUUCAGUGUCGAUCAUUGAGGCUUCCUGAUAAUCUGAGAACAAACAAGCCGCAGAUAUCACGAUUGAUCUACACUAAUUCAGGCACUGCAAUUUUGGCAUUAGCAUCAAAUGCUAUUCAUCUACUAUGGAAAUGGCAAAGAAAUGAACGCAACACAAGUGGCAAGGCUACAGCCAGUGUGACUCCUCAAUUAUGGCAACCAACAAGUGGAAUACUAAUGACCAAUGACAUUGCUGAUACUAAUCCUGAAGAUGCUGUGCCCUGCUUUGCUUUGUCCAAAAAUGAUUCUUAUGUUAUGUCUGCAUCAGGAGGGAAGAUUUCCUUGUUCAAUAUGAUGACCUUUAAGACGAUGACAACAUUCAUGCCUCCACCACCUGCAGCAACAUUUCUUGCUUUCCAUCCACAAGACAACAAUAUAAUUGCUAUUGGCAUGGAUGACUCCACAAUACAGAUAUAUAAUGUCCGAGUAGAUGAGGUUAAAAGCAAGCUCAAAGGACACUCCAAAAGAAUCACUGGUCUUGCCUUUUCUCAUGUAUUGAAUGUUCUAGUUUCAUCUGGAGCAGAUGCCCAGCUGUGUGUGUGGAACUCAGAAGGAUGGGAAAAGCAGAAGAGCAGAUUCUUGCAGAUUCCAUCAGGAAGAACUCCAACAGCCUUGUCAGACACGCGAGUGCAGUUUCACCAGGAUCAAGUACACUUCCUGGUUGUGCAUGAGACUCAACUUGCAAUAUAUGAAACAAUGAAACUUGAGAUUGUCAAGCAGUGGGUUUCAACUACUGCCCCAAUCUCCCAUGCAACAUUCUCGUGUGACAGCCAAUUAGUAUAUGCCAGCUUUUUGGAUGCAACUGUGUGCAUAUUUAGUGCAGCAAAUCUCCGACUACGAUGUCAUAUUAACUCAUCAGCUUAUCUUCCAGUCAAUGUCAGCUCGAAUGUAUAUCCACUUGUGGUCGCAGCCCAUCCAUCAGAACCAAACCAAUUUGCAAUGGGACUAACAGACGGUGGGGUACAUGUCUUUGAACCCUUGGAAUCCGAAGGGAAAUGGGGUAUACCACCACCUGUUGAGAAUGGGUCAGCUAGCAGCAUGCCCACAGCAAGUGCAGUUGGGGCUUCAGGUUCAGAUCAACAGCAGAGAUGAUGGAAGCUCCAGGGCACAAGUUCUUUUCAUAUGCACAGCUUGGAUGACCCUUAAUCUUUUUAACUGCAACUUUGGUUUGACGUUCAGGAUAAUUUACUCAAAGAUGGAUAGGUAGAAGCAUAGACUCAACAUAUAAGAUAAGGGGUUUGCGUAAGCUAAAUGUCGAAGUAGGAUCAUGGCAAAAUCGGUCUCUUAAUUUCCUGAAAAUGUUCAUUUCUUUCCUUUAAUUUUUUCUUUAUUUAUAAUUUUCUUUUACAUCAAAGGCCUGCUUGAAUGGUGGUGCUGUCUCAUGUAAUCAAAUUGCAAUGUUUUCAGUUUUCUGUAAUUUUUAUCACUUGCAAUCUUCAGCCCCGUGCACAUUUGGUUAGAGGGGGGAAGAAGCCUUUUCUGGGCACUAAUUUAUGUUAAAGAUGCCUCUGAAGAUUAGUCUCUUUUUUGUUGAGCAGUUUGAAACAUUGCGACUUAUUAGUGUUUCAGACGCUAUUGUAUUGUACAUCUCAUAUGAUCCUCCUUUGGGUACAUUUCUCGCCCUACAUUUUGGGGGUUUCAUACUUUCA